GUAAACAAUGGGCCCACCGGCCAUCAGGCCAACUUCGAUCUGGCCACAACGAUCCUGAUCCCUCCAAAGACAGAAAAUUGGAAGGCGCAAGCUCAGAUGGAUCGACUUAUCCGAGUAAGUCUGGCCCUGCGUGCGGCCCGGUUAUUGCAUUUUUGCAUUGAAAGCGAUGACUGUUAA